AUGCAAGAACUCUUGAUAGAUCCAACACCAUUUACCGCCUUCCUUUCUACCAUGGAUCACGGCUCGAAUGCUGAGUUAGCGGAAGCGAAGGCUGAGGUAGAGGACUUGAAUGCUUCAUUAGUGGCCUCGAAUGGAGAGUUAGGGGAAGUGAAGGCUGCAUUAGUGGCCUCGAAUGCUGAGUUAGCGAAAACGAAGGCUGAGGUAGUGGCCUCGAAUGCUGAGAUAGCGGCCCUGAAAGCUGCUGAGUUAGUGAAAGCGGAGGCCUCAGAAGCUGCUUUAAAGAACGCACAGGCUGAGGUAACUAAUUAA